GCGCGCAGUCAUCGCCAUUUUGAAUUACAGCCGCACUUCGCUGGCUGAUGACUGAAAGGAGGCAAGAUUUCUUCGUUUCUGAAAUAUUUUCUGCGCAUUCAAAGCUAUACUUACUGGAUACACAUUGUGAGGGAUUUACAUCGCUCUAAGUAUGGCUCACCGAAAUCUAAAACAGGUCAACAUUCAAAACAACGCACCGUCGCCGAAACCUCAGCAGCAGCAGUACCACCAGCAGCACCACCAGCAGCAGCAGCACACAAAGCGCAACAUGGACUCUCCAGGCAUGGAGCGAAGGCCGAAUGUUGCGGAUGGGAAAACCCCACCACCAAAGCCGCCGACGGCUGCCAGCCCUGCGGCAGAGGGGGAGGGUGGAGCCGGAGAGUCGCAGGAGAUGACGCUGGAUAUAAAGAGUUUCAGGAGACCCGGGGAGAAAACCUUCACGCAGCGUUGUAGGUUGUUCAUCGGUAACCUCCCGACAGACCUCACGGAGGAUGAUUUCAAAAAGCUGUUUUCCAAGUAUGGCGAGGCUAACGAGGUGUUUAUCAACCGAGACCGAGGAUUCGGCUUCAUUCGACUGGAAACCAGGACGCUGGCGGAGAUUGCCAAGGCAGAAUUGGACGGCAUAGUGCUGGGGAACCGACCUAUCCGGAUCCGCUUCGCCACGCACGGCUCUGCCCUCACGGUGCGGAACCUUUCCCCCGUGGUCUCCAACGAGCUCCUUGAGGAGGCCUUCUCCGAGUUCGGCCCCGUGGAAAGGGCUAUCGUUGUGGUGGACGACCGAGGAAGGCCCACUGGGAAGGGGUUUGUGGAGUUUGCCAACAAACCUUGUGCUCGUAAAGCCCUGGAUCGCUGUGCUGACGGGGCGCUGCUGCUCACCACGUCUCCUCGGCCUGCCAUUGUGGAACCCACCGAGCAGCUGGAUGAAGAGGAUGGACUCCCAGAGAAGUUACUGGUGAAAUCUGUACACUACCACAAGGAGAGGGAGCACCCCCCGCGGUUUGCCCAGCCGGGGACAUUUGAGUUUGAGUACUCGUCCCGCUGGAAGGCCCUGGACGAGAUGGAAAAGCAGCAGAGAGACCAAGUUGAGCGCAACAUCCGAGAGGCAAAGGAGAAGCUAGAGCAAGAGAUGGAGGCCGCCAAGCACGAGCAUCAGCUCAUGAUGAUGAGACAAGACCUGAUGAGGCGUCAAGAGGAGCUGAGACGUCUGGAGGAGCUUCGCAACCAGGAGCUGCAGAAACGCAAGAAUAUAGAGAUGAGACAUGAGGAGAGGCGUAGGCAGGAGGAGGAGAUGAUGCAGCGCCAUCGAGAGCAGGAAGAGAUGAGACGCCAACCGGACGGCUUCAAGCCAAACUAUGCGGACACCAGAGAACAGGAAAUGAGAAUGGGUGAACUGGGCCCUCGUGGAGCCAUUAAUAUGGGAGAUGGGUUUAACCCCGCCUCUGUUGCCGGGGCCAGUGUAAACCAGGGACCCCCUCAAAUGAUUGGCAUAGGCAUGAGCGGAAGGGCCGGAGCCAUGGGCCCCGAGGGAACUCCAAACAUGGGCGCACCAAACAUGAUGCCAGACAAUGGAGCCAUGCAGCGCAACGAUAGGUUCCCCCAGGGGGCUCCUAAUCAGAUUGGUUCGUCCCCAAUGAGUGGCCGUCCAGGUGUCGAGUCCCCACAGCAGCAACAGGCAGUGGGGGCAGGGCUUAUGGGGGCAGGGCCUGGACCUGCAGUGGGGGGGCCAGCAGGCUUCGGGAGGGGAAUCCCUGUUGUGGGAAACUAUGAAGGGCCUAACAACAAACGUCGCAGAUACUGAUUGUUAUUAUGUUUACAUUUUUUCAACGGUGUACCCCAAGGCUCAAUAUUUGGAUCUCUUGCUUUUCCUUUCGCAUUAUGUAAAAUAACUGAUUUAUUUUCUCAUCAAAUGUUUGGUUCUGUUCUUUUAAUUUGGGCUGAUUAUUUCCCUCAGCUUCUUCAUGUGUUGACUGAGGGGGGAAAAAAUACUUGUUUUAUAUCAAAAGCCAGGCCCAAUAGUCAUGCAAAAACACAAAUCUUCAAUGUUGGCCGCCAAAGGCCAAUAUCAACUGCGAUGUAUCUUGAUGUAGUCAGGUCUGUAGGUAAGGUUUAGGCCAAUAUUAACUGUGAUGUAUAUUGAUGUAGGCAGGUCUGUAGAUGGCUUAUAAACUUCUGUAUGAUGUUGUUUCUUGCUUUUUGCUAUCAGUAUCCUAUCCUCCUGUUAUUGUUGUUUUCAGUAGAUCCUAGUAACAAGUGAAGACCUGCAUUGCCUCUGCAAUGGUUAGCUUACUUUGAUUUCCUCCCGUCCAUGGAAUGUCUUUCCAGUACAUUGCAUCCUGUAGUAGUAGUUUGGCUAACUGCAAUAAAACUGUGAAAUGCCAUUUUGUGAAAACAACUAAGUUGAUUGAAGUAAAAAAAAAAAAAAA